GCGGCGGCGGCGGCGUCCGCAGGGGCCGGAGCGGCUCUGUGAGGGGAGCGGGGCCGCGGGGCCCGAUGCCGCGGGCAGCCGCGCCGCGGAGGCGGGGGAAGGCGGCUGCCGUGGGGGCUCACCGGAGACGCUGAGGACCUCGAGCCCCUGUUCGGCGCCGAGCCUCGGGCCGGCAGCGGAGGGCAUGCAGCAGCGCGGGGGGCUCGGCGGAGGUGCCGGGCGGCGGGGGGGCGGCCCGCUGCCCCUCGCACCGCGGCGCCCGCUCGGGCUCGUUCUCCUGCUGUCGCUUCUGCUGGGGAGCGGCCGGGCGGCUCCGCUUCCGCCAGCAGGUGCAGGAGAAGAAGCUACAGCUGAAAUUUCUUCAUCUUUUGUGGUUCUGUCGCUAUGUACUCUGGUAGUACUGGUAAUACUGCUGGUAAAUUGUGCUUCCUGCUGUAAAGACCCUGAGAUAGAUUUCAAGGAAUUUGAAGAUAACUUUGAUGAUGAAAUAGAUUUUACACCUCCAGCAGAAGAUACUCCAUCUGUUCAGUCUCCAGCAGAAGUGUUCACUCUUUCAGUUCCCAGUAUUGCUGUACCAACUCCCUCCCAGUUUCCAACUCGUGCAGAUGGAUCAAAGUCUCAAGUUGCACGUCAGAGUCUAAACUACAUCCAGGAAAUUGGAAAUGGCUGGUUUGGAAAGGUUCUACUUGGAGAGAUCUACACAGGCACUAGUGUAGCAAGGGUAAUAGUGAAGGAGUUGAAGGCAAGUGCGGGUCCUAAGGAGCAAGAACAGUUUUUAAGAAAUGGAGAACCAUAUUACAUCCUUCAGCAUCCAAAUGUUCUCCAGUGUAUUGGGCAGUGUGUGGAAGCCAUUCCUUAUCUCCUAGUUUUUGAGUUCUGUGACUUGGGUGACCUAAAAACUUACAUCUGCAAUGAGCAGGAACACAUUAAAGGAGAGUCACAAAUAAUGCUGCUGCAGAGGAUGGCGUGUGAGAUUGCUGCUGGACUUGCUGUAAUGCAUAAGCAUAACUUUGUGCACAGCGACUUGGCUUUACGGAAUUGCUUCCUUACAUCGGAUUUAAAUGUCAAAGUAGGAGAUUAUGGUAUAGGAUUCAGUAGAUUUAAGGAAGACUAUAUUGAGACAGAUGAGAAGAAACUUAUUCCUCUCCGAUGGACUGCACCUGAGUUAGUGACAAGUUUUCAAGACAGACUGUUAUCAGCAGAGCAAAAUAAAUACAGUAACAUAUGGUCCCUUGGUGUCACCUUGUGGGAGCUGUUUGAGAAUGCUGCUCGGCCUUACUCGGAGUUCUCUGACAGGGAAGUCCUAACCCAUGUCAUAAAGGAGAAGCAGAUUAAACUCUUCAAGCCACGUCUGGAGCAGCCAUACUCUGAUAGAUGGUAUGAAGUUCUGCAGUUCUGCUGGCUACCUCCAGAAAAAAGACCAACAGCAGAAGAAGUGCAUAGACUUUUAACUUACCUUCGCAUGCAGAGCCAAAGGGACUCAGAGAUUGAUUUUGAACAGCAGUGGAAUGCCCUUAAACCAAACACCUCAAAUAGAGAAACAAAUAAUUCUGCAUUUCCAAUCUUAGAUCACUUUACAGGAGAUAGACUUGGCCAUGAGAUGGAGGAAGUACUUACUGUAACUGAAACAAGCCAGGGUCUGAGCUUUGAAUAUAUCUGGGAGGCAGCUAAACAUGAUCAUUUUGAUGAAUGUGGUCAUGUGAAUCCUGAUGAAGCAAUGACAUACACAAGCAUUUUCUUUCCAGUGGAGGUUUUUGAGAGGUCCCUUUCAGAGCAAGGUUCGGGAGCACAGGAUGGAAGUGGUCAAGGGGCAUCACUUGCUGUCCCUGGGGUGCUGCCUGUGUUUGAUGCACACAAGCUUUCUGUUGGAAAUGACUACUAUAUCCAAUUAGAGGAAAAAGGAAGUGGCUGCAGCGUAAAUUUUGACAACCAGUCAGUUGUUCUAACUACAGAAGUUGAUAAUCAAGAAGCUGUACAAGAAAAAAGUUCUCAUUUCACCGUUCUCAGGGACCUUGAUGUUGAAGAAUCUAGCACUGAUGGGGACUUCUUCCACUACAAUACAGAUCCUAAAGAGGAGGCUUUGCCUGCUGCUAGUAGUCCAGAAAGUCCUUUCCAGAAUGUCUUUAAUGACAUUGACAGGUCAGAAGAAUUGACAAACAGAAAAAUACCUGGGUUUGCUGAAACAAAUGAUACUCCUAAAGACUUUAAACCAACUGUUUUAAACACAGAUGUUGGAAAGGCAGUAGAUCUUUCUGAGAAGGAGCAUUCUAGUCAUGCUUCUGAAAACAAAACCGUUUCCUUAUGUGAAAAUAUCUCUAACCAGUCUGAUUUUGUAACUUUAGAAGAACUUUCUGAUAACUUCUUGUUUCUUCAAGAGAAAAACUUAUUAACAGGGUUAUUGUCUAACAAAACCAGCAGUGAUCUGGGGCAAAAACCAGAAGAUGUUCUAAAAAACAUAUUAGAAACCUCAAAUAGAAACUCUGUGGAGGCUGACUCUGUGUUGGCUGAAAAUGCACAGGUCGUUUCUUUAACCCAUGAAAGUCUUAAAACAGUGAAAGAUGAAAAUUUUAACCCAGUGACAAUGAAUAAAGAUUUUAAUUCUCAAAUUACUGUAAACACAGAGGCAUCUUCUAGUCCAUCUUCAGCACUUAAUUCAUGUGAUAAAUGUGCAAAUCUUCCUUAUUUAAAGGAUGAAGGAAAACUUUCAAAUGUGCAGGUCAACGAAGUUGUGUCCUGUAACACUGAUACUCUUUCUCAAGAAGAGCUAUCUAAUAAUGCCAAAAAUAGUAAUGUUGGAAACAACCCAUAUUACAGUGUUGCUGUUGAAACAGACAAGUGUGAAGCACAGAUAAAACAAGGAGUGCUUUUCAACUCUGAUGAAAUAACUUUUAGUAGAGAAAAAUGUAGUGAUCAGGAAGAUACGAAAGGAAACUUGCAAGAUAAAACUCCUCUGUUAAAAAAAGAUGAAUGUUUACUGGAACAAAUACAAGAAACAACAAAUAAUUUUGAGAACUGUAAGGAUGUCCCAGAAGAGGUAACCUUAAUUUCUGUUGCUACUUCUGAUUGUGCAAGUCAGGAUAGUUUUUUGGAAGACAGUCCAUCUCCUAUACAAACUGUAGAAAAAACUUUAGAGACACCUGAUUCUUUGGAUUCUUUAGAUGUAAAUGAGGUUUUAGAAUCUUUACAAGCUCAAAGCCCUCAGAAACUUUUGCCACCUGAUAAACCUGCUGACAGUGGCUAUGAAACAGAAAACCUGGAAUCUCCAGAAUGGACUUCUCAUGUCACUGUUGAGGAUGCUUCUAGUGUAGAUACUGCUCUCUGUCUUGCCAGUGAGAGCAAUGUCAGUGCUUUACCUCCUAACCCAGUCAUCGUUGUUUCAGAAGCAGCAGCUUGUUUAGAUGCAGUGAACAGCAAUUUUGAAAUAAGCCCAAAGGUUUUUCUGGGUGGAAGUCAAAAUUCAUAUAGAGAUUCUGCCUAUUUCUCUGACAAUGAUUCUGAGCCAGAUAAAAAAACAGAGGAGACUGUAAAUCUGCCAAAAGAGACUUCAUGUGUUGUUUCUUCAAAUAGAGGAGAUAAUAAUACUGAAGAUGAUUACCGUUUUGAAGAGAGGCAGCAGCAGUGUGAUGUAAGGAAUUGUCAGGAUACUAAUAAUCAAAAUGCAAAACUAGAAUUAAAUCAUAACUUAGAGAUGCAAGAGAUGGAUGUAAGGAUGCAAGGGUGUCCUGAUGAGUGGGAUGAGGCAACUCUGAAUUCUCUGGAAUUACCAGUAGGAAGUAACCUAAGGGAUGAAAUAAAACAAUGUGAGACUUCCCAUAAAACAGUCUCUUGUGUUGGCACUAAUACUUCAGAACUUCUUUCACACAGAGACUUAAAGUCUGUGUAUAACAUACACAGUCCUUUAGAUCCGAGUAACAGUGAGAAGUCGUUCUAUCACCUUGAAGGACAAAAACUGAAAGAGCCAGAUAUUGAAGGAAAAUACCUUGGCAAACUCGAUGUUUCUGGAAUGCUUGAUUUAGAAGAUGGUGAUGAUGCAGAUGAGGAAGAUGAAAACAGUGAUUCUGAGGAUGACAUGAGGACUUUUCACAUGCAUAGUCUGAGUUCUGACAGUGAGGAUGAAACUGUUCAUCAAGUACCUGAGAUACUUACUGACAAAGAUGAUGCGAAACAUCUGAGAAGCUUGUUGAAACUUCCAAAACCUCCUGAUGAAAGGCAGCAUCAGAGUUGGAGAAAUGAGAAAAAGGCUGUAACGUUCUUUGAUGAUGUGACAGUCUAUUUGUUUGAUCAGGAAACACCAACUAAGGAGCUGGGAAACCGUGCAGCAGACUUGAAUGGUGAAGGCUCUCACAGCACUCCUGUCCCAUCUUCCAGUUUUGGUUACCUAAACAGAUUUGCAAAUUCAGAAAGCUCAACAGAUGAAGAAGGUGGGGGUUUUGAAUGGGAUGAUGACUUCUCGUCUCCAGAUCCAUCCUUUAUAUCGAAGGCAGCUAAUAGUCUUAUUGGUUCUAAACCACCUCUUCAGUCAUCAAAGUACUUCUCUCCACCUCCACCUUCCCGGACUCUUGAUCAGAACUGGUCAAAUUCAUCCCCUUAUUCCAGAUUCUCUAUCUCUCCUGCAAACAUGGCAAGCUUUUCUCUUACACACCUUACAGAUUCAGAUAUAGAGCAAGGAGGAAGCAGUGAAGAUGGAGAGAAAGAUUAAAUGAAUUAAAACUUCCUCGGACUGCAUACAUAAAACACACAGACUUUGAAACUCCUUUAUCUAAACUCUGCAUCCUCCUGGAGUAACACAGGUAAUCAAGAAGUACUAAGAAAUGAAAGUAAACACUGAAAGCAAUGUUAAAUCAGGACAUUAAUUUGAAUGUGUAUUUAACUUUGUAAUGUAUUUUUAAAUCAGUGCAAUUUUGCUUUUCAUUGGAAGAUGAUUCUGCCGCAGUUUUCAAGUACUUGAAGAAUUUUUCAGAUAACUUAAGAAACAAGUAAAGCAAUUACACUACAGUCUGGUUUAUGUAUGAGAUUGUAUAAUAUUCUUUUUAUAUUUUUCCAUGUAGUUCAUUAUCUAUUUGAACAUACACCUGUUGUAGAAUUGUGUAUAGCUGUCCUGUGCAACAGGUGGCUGUGUUGCUGAAGCUGUAUGAAUUAUAGUUGAUCAGUAGUGAGCCAUAUUUAUUCAAAAAGAUAUCACUACAUAUUACUUUGCUUAUUACAAUUGCACUAUGGAUUAUUCUUCCUUUCUUUCCUGAUGAUGUACAGAAUCAAAAUCUUAAAUCUUUCAAGGAAAAUAAGACAAGUUGAAUUGGCCUGGUUAUCCAGUUUAAUUUGUCCUUUUUGUAGCCUUUGCUAUGCACGGUACUUGUAAAACAUACAUAACUUCUGAGUGUUAUGUUAGACUUGCUGAAAUCUUAUAUUCAGUACCAUUUCUAAAUGAUAAUGAUUAUAGAUUGUUAGUGUUCAUGUUUUAUAGGAAACUGGAAAAGAAUAUAUCAUAUACUUGGAAAUUUUUAGAUGAAAAGAGAGAAUGUCUCUUAAUUCCUGAAUAUGAUCCUACUGACUGCUUAAAUUGUAAUAGCAUCUGACUAUAUCAUAAUUAAGGGCCUUCCACAAUUUCUGCCUUGGAGAAAGAAGAGGAAAAAUUGGCUGUAUGAAACUGUGGAAUUUAUGAAUCUUACAAAAAGACUAAUACCAACAGAGACUGGAUUUGGGCACGCUUGGCCCUUCAGUUGUACAUUCUGUGAAUUUUGCAGCUCACCCUUCUGGGGCUGCCAUUCAGACCUGUGGUAAAUCUACCUCUCAGUGAUGUUAUGACAACUAAGAAUUUUAUUAAUGGUUAAUGCCCCAUUUUGCACCUUCCAUAGGCCAGGCCUAUUGUAAGAUGUCUUCAAGGCUCCAUGGUACAUCAUGAAAUGCAUUCUGACCCAAAGAUGCAGUCUAAUAAAGUUUGCUCUGAAGCUGUCUGUAGGGAAGGGAAUAUUAUGUGGGGUUUUUAACCUUCAUACUCUGCCAUGCAUUUAGCUAGUUAAAUCCCUUAACUACUUGGGGAAAAAAGAAAAAAGAAUUCCUUAAUUAUUAUUCCAGAGUGAGUUCAGUUGAGAAGCAAAUCCCUGACUUCAUGGAAUGCCUUAUACAGCUGCAGAUCUGUAGAAAACACUGAUAGGAACAGUUUACCUGACUUUGUAUUUUGUAUUUUAGCAUACUAAAAUAUAAAUUUACUAAAAUAUUAAGUACUUUGUAUUUUAGUGGCUAUUUUGGCAGGUCUUCAGUAUAAUGGUGGUCCAAAUGCUCUGUGUUCAGAUCCAGUCACCAGAGAAUUUUCAUCACAUGAAGUAUGGGAGGACUAGAUAUUUUCAGAUGUGUAAAGUCUGCUUUUGUAUACCUCUAUAUGCAUUAUGAUUUAUUUUAAAGUAUGUUUUAAAAUGAAAGGAAUAUGUAAAUUGUUUUGUUCCCAUCAUUUUUUUUAGCCCUUAACCAGAAUGGUUUCCAUACCAAUUGAAAGGGAAUGAUUUAGUUAUAAUGUUAUUUAAAGUUGCCAAUGUAUUGUUGAGAUAACUUGAUCUGAUGAGGCACUCAGGUUCAGAAUUAGUCAGAACUGUUUUUUCAGUAUGAAGAGAGGAACUGAAUAUUUCAUGGACUUUUUUCCCAAAACACGAUUGAAGAGGCAAAGACAGGUAGUUCUUAAUACAGACUUACAGUAUAUACUGUAGAGGGUUUAAGGAAGCUGUGUACUACUCUCAAUAUUUUAAAAUACAGGUAAUAGACUUUGGGCACAAAUUAAUGCAUAGAAAUGCCAUAAUUCCACCAUUACACUCCUUGAUACAGCUAGAUCAUUAAGGUAUCUCAUCCCACCAUACUUGAAGUGUGGAAAAUGAAAACUGAGAAUGAAACUCCAUAACGGUCUGUAAAGAAUGUAUGGACUUUCUUCUCUGCCUUGCAUGGUUAAAAAUCUAUCAGACCUGGAGUUCAGCCAUGAUUUUGAAUAAUUGGAUUUAAAAUACAGUCCAAGGUUAGAAAAAAAAAAAGCUUACGCUCCAGAAUGUUAAAAUUUGGUUGUGCAUUUUGUGUCUUACAAUUCUGGGAAAAUCUGAUUUUUUUUCUUGUACAUCAGGAAUUUCCUUUGCUUGAUGGAAAUCUAAGAAUCUUAAUCUUUACCCCACUUUAAAGAAAAUCUUACAUAGGAAGGGCAAAUUUACUCCUUUGUCCAAAUGGACUCAUUGCUAAUGAAUUGCCCAAGGAGCCUUUUUUCCAAAACAAGCUGGGAUGUAUAUGAUAUUAAGCAAGGUAAUGUCCUUUUUAGCUGUACAAUUAAGAGAAAAAGUUGACUCACCUCACUUAAACGUUGGUUUUAAUUUCAGGAAUCCAGUAGGCUGGAUUGCAAUAAUAUAAAAAGAUCUUUUUUGGAAAAAUUUAUACUUAAACAAAACCUGAUCAACUAGUAGCAAUAUCUAAAUAUCUGCCUAGCAGUCAGUGGCACAAUGAAGAUGAAUCAGUAAGUCCAACGUGUUAACUUAUAAUAAGGGGAUUUGUUACAAAUAAUUCAUUGAACUAUAUGUAAUUUCUUGCACUAGCUACUUCAGCAUGGUUUCCCUUUCAGAAAGUACAUGUAUCUAUUUUCAAUGGUUUAUUAUGAGGACUCGUUACAUUUUAAUUCCUUCUCUAGUAGAAUAUCUUGAUUAUUUGAACAGUGAAGGCUUUGUCUCAAUUUGGCUACUAAAGUUACUUAAAAGAUCUGAGUUUUCCCACCUAAGGAAGUUUGUUAAAAAAUUAAGAUCUGUAGUGAGAAGCCAACAGAACACAAAGUGUCCAGUUUUAAUGGGAACACCUGUACUCUCCCAAAUCCCCAAGCUGCAGAUAUGUUGUGUGUCUAACUGCAUUUAUGGAAAAUGCCAUUUUCAUGUGAGCAGAAUAAACUUUUUUUUUUCAUAUCCUUGUUGGUGCACUAAUGAAAGCCAUUUAAGCCUCAUUCUUCUUAUCAGUAUUUUAGCAGAUUUUUAUGUAGUAUUCAAUCUUUUUCAUGAGGAGGCUGGUUGGUAGAAAGACUCUGUUUUUAUGAUUAAGCACUAUGCUAUAAUGUCAGCAUUGUCAGGUGUUAGUGUCAUGGCUAAUUUUGUUGAAGUUGGUGAAAGGUGGAAUCAAAGUAUAUUAGCCUUAUAAGAAAUAGCCUUAAAUAAGAAUGGAGUAUACAAAAUUACUUCAGCUUUAAGUCAUACAGAAAUAUCCUUGUAUGUUAACGGUUUUGGUACAAGAUUGGAAAAAAUCUAGAGGAGAGUCAAACAUCAUAUAAACUUAUUGAAAAUAAGUAUUUGUAAUACCAGCAGCCUGUUUUUCAGAAACUUGAACGUUAGUUUUGUUUAAGAAAUUGUUUGAACUUGCACAGAUGUAGGUGUAACUUAAAUGAUAAUGGUACUGAUGUGUGUGUGUGUAUAUAUAUAAUGUUGAAUUCUAUUUGUAAAUGAGAAACUAUGUAAUAAUCAUAGGUAUGAGGUUUUCCUAUUGUAAUUUAAUACAGGUAUGAGGUUUAUGGCAAUAUAUAAUAGUUAAUGAAAUUUCAGGUCAAAAUGUCUUUAAAUUGUGUACAUUUUUAAAUUGUAAUUUCUACUGUAUAUUGUUUAUCAUGCAUAGUGUGAUUCAAGAAACUGCUUGUAAUUUAAAAAUAUUUAAUAUUGAAAAUAAAAUACAGGUAUAUAUUUAUAA